AUGUUAAUUAUCAGUCUUUUCUCGUCCCUUCUUCCUCUUGCGAGCAUCGCCCUCGCUGGUCCAGUCAAGCGUGCCGAGUCUCUACACAUUCGGAACUUUUUUGUCGAGUAUGCCAAUGACGGUACGGGGGCACUGCAAUUUGCGCUACACAGUUCCGUGACGGGGCUCAAUGAUGAAUGUGUCCUUACAUGGAGUACCACAAGCGACAUCCAGCCCGGCCUCGCGAUGAAUAAAUGCCUCAACAACAACUACGAAUUCGGCUUUCGCUACGGCAUUGGUAAUAUCGAGAACUUUGUUCUAGCUAUUCAGCGUGUGAAUGGCACGCAGCGCGGAUAUGAAGUAAUUAGUGCUUAUGCAACGUAUCCGACUUGGAUUUGUACGAAGAAUCCGGCACCGGGCUUGCAGGAGCGAUGCAAGUGGAUAAGGGUACUGAAUAUUGACUUUUAG